UGGAAAAAAUAACAUCAUGGCGGGACAUGAGCACCUGUCUCGCACUUUAGAACUCGGAGAGUUUCAGGCACUGCCGCAGAAUGUUGCAGACAAGUUAGAGGCUACUUUGAGGAGUUUGCAAGAAAAUAUAGAGGAGUAUGAAACUCGAUGUGAAAAGUUAAGGGUGAACUCAGAACAGCAGUAUUUUGAACAGGAAAAAGAACUGAUCAGCACUCGUGGAAAGUUGGAAUCAGAAACCAGAAUAUGUGGUGAAGUGAAACAGCAGCUGGCAGAUCUUGAUGUCAAGUAUGCAGAGGCUUCAAAAAAGCUUAAAGAACUGGAGACAUAUAAAGAUACUCAUGAUGUACAAGAGCAACACUUAAAGAGAAAGUCUCAACAACUGGAGGAGGACAAGAAAGAUUUGUCAGAACUGCUAGAGAAGAGGAGUGGAGAAAUUGAUCGGCUUAACAAUGAAUUGCAAAGCCUCACAGAACAGCUUACUGCAGCCAACAAUGCCAAAUGUGAAGCUUUGGCCAAGGUUGAUGAAUUACAGUCUCAGGAUGUUUCAAGCCAGUUCAAAAUGAAGAGGUUGGAACAAGAGCGAGAUCAACUGCAGCAGCAAAUCCAAUGGCUGAAUGGUGAAGUGAAGCAAAAAACAACAGAACUGAUGAAUUGCAGGAAAGAAAGGUCCACCAAACACUUGGAGCUCCAGAGCCAGCUUGACCAGAAAACUGAUGAGAUCCAGCACCUACAACAGACUUUGGAAAACUUGCGCAAAGUGAACAGUGAGCAAACAGCCAAGAUAGAAAAUUUUAUUGAGAAGCUGAAGGAUGCCCGCAACUCUCAUGCCCAGAUGGAGGAGCAGUACAGACAUGAGCUGCAGGCCCAAGUCAAACUGGUCUCUCUUUACAAGACAUCAGCAGAAGAAGCAGAGGCCAAGGUGAGAGAGCUGAUGACAGCUGUGGAAGAAAUGCAGAAAUUACUGAAACAAGCACGAGAAGCCCAUGAAGCUUUGGAAAAAGAGAGACAGGUGGAUGCUGCAAAACAUGGAGAAAUGUUGACCUCCAAAGAUGAGACCAUCUCUAAGCUGCAGAAAGAAUUGCAGCAUGCUAAUGAACUCAUAAAGAAACAAGGAGUCUUGUCCCUAAGUCAGCAGAAUAUUGAAGCCAUGUCUCCCACAGCAGCUGCUGCCAGCCGGUUACUCAAGUCUGGGAAAACAUUGACCCAGAUCUACAGUGAGUAUGUGGAAACAGUGGAUGCACUUCAGGUUGAAAAAGAGGAAAAUAGAAAAUUGAGUGAAUAUCUGGAUCAGAUUCUGCAGGAAAUAGAAGAAAAAGCUCCCAUCAUGAAGAAACAGAGAGAAGAUUAUGAACAAGCCUUGCAAAGUAUCGACCAAUUAACACGUCAGAUGGAUGGUGCCAUGAUUGAGUGUGAAAAGCUACGAGUUAAUUCCGAAGAAAAUAGUAGAAAGUCCGCACAGUUGUCCAGAGAGAACCAAAGAUAUAAACAACAGACAUUUGACCUGGGUCAACAGGUGCGAAUGCUGCUAAAAGAGUUAGAGGAGGCCAGGGGUAACUUUGUCAGCACAGACAGGGACCAGGCUGAUGUGUCCUCCUCAGAGAUCUCCAGCUCCUCACACAUUAUAUCUGAGAAACUUGUCACUUUCAAGAGUAUUGAAGAACUGCAGGAACAGAACCAGAGGCUGUUAGAAAUUGUGAGAGAGCUGAGUGAAAAGAAAGAAGAGGAGGAAAAUGCCGCUACCUCUGCCAGAACUCUUGAGCUCCAGAAACAACUAGAAUCUGCAAUGGAAGAAUUAGAAGAAAUGAAAGCAGGAAGAGAGAGACAGGCACAAAUGGUGGAUUCCAUUGUGCGCCAGCGAGACAUGUAUAGAGUUCUGUUAUCUCAGAGUGGAGGUCAGACGAUGCCCAGUCCACGUCAGAUGUCCACUCCUGGACCAUCAGUCCUUCUAAGUCCAGCUCUCAAGAGUCCAGAUGCUGACAGCAAGGGAUUGGAGGAAGCUAGAGCAGCUCUAAAGGAACUUCAGAGAGAAUAUGAGUUCUACAAGAAAGAGAAAAAUGAAACAGAGAAACAGCUAAAUGAGCAGAUUGAUAAACUGAAGCAGGAAAUGUCAGAAAUGAGAGUGCAAAACGCUAAAUUAUCAUCCCAGCUUGAUUUCUCAGCAGAGAGAUACAAGAUAGUACAGUCUAAUGUGGAGGGCUAUAGGAAGGAGAUAGCUGCACUCAGAGACAAAAACCAGAAAUACACAGCUUCCAUUGUAAAGCAUGAGCAGACACUCAGCACUCUGAGAGAAGACUUAAUGGCGGCCCAGGAGGGUCUCACAAGGUCAGAGGUCAGAUGCCAGAAUUUGGAGUCGGAAAAGGAGCUCCUGAAAACUGCAGAGAUUAGGCUGAUGCAGGAGAAAGAAGCAAUGAACAGGGAACAGAGGCUGCAGAAUGUGCUUCUUACCAAUCUUCAGACAAUACAGAACAACUUGGAAAGGCAGGAGUUUGAAAUGAAGACCAAACUGACCAAUCAGAAUGAAGCACUGGAAAGAGAAUGUACUAUUCUAAGGAGGAAGAUUGAUAGUUUACUUGAAGAACACCGAAUCGAUGCCAAAAAUUGGGAGCAACAACUAGUCAAAGCACAGAACAGAUAUGAUGAGGAGAUAAAGAAAAGCAGAAAGGCCCAAGAUGACUUGAUUGAUACAUAUGCUAACAUGCAUGAGUUGAAACAGGAGUUGUCUCAGGCUGAGGCCAAACUUGCAGCAGCAGAAAUAAGGCUACAAAGUAUAGGACAAGAUGUCCCAGAUGCUGGCUCUGCUUCAAGCACACCCCUACCCUCUGGCUCUGCUGCCUCAAAAGAUGAAGUUAGAGACCUCCGGGCACAGCUGACUCAAGCACAAAAUGAAGUUAAAAAUUUGAAAGAUCAAUUGGACAAAGCAAAGCAGCAUGCUGACCAGUACAGAGCCAUUUCAUCUGACAUUGAACAGAGCCUUAAAGAACAGAAUGAGGCUAGUCAUCAGUUUAAAGAGGCUGUUGAAGUCAACUUAAAGGAAGCCAAUCAGAAGGUUGCAAGAUUAGAAAAACAAGUGGAAGCUCUGGAAACAGAGAGACAGCAAAUACUCAAUGAAAACAUCAAGAUCACAGAAGACAGCCAUCAGUUGAAUGCAGAACUGAGAAAGAAGCUUGCUGAGUUGCAGAAUGAACUGCAGGAAGCUGUUCAGAGGAGGGAAGAGGCCAUAAAGAAUGAACAGGCAGCAAGAGAGGAUUGUCAGGCACAGGCAAAACUUGCUCAGGAAUGCCAAGAGAAGUAUGAGAAUGAACUAGUCCUCCAUGCUGGUGAUGUUGAAACUUUGACAGCACUAAGAAAACAACAUGAAAGUUUCAAUGAGAGGCUGACAUCAUCUCAGGAGGAGGCUAAGAAGGCCCAGGACAUGCUGCAGACAGCUAAGAAAUCCUGGGAAGAGCAAGAAAAAAUGUUUAAGGAAGAGAGUAGUAAACUAGAGUCAAGGUGUACUGAGCUAGACAAUCAGAAUCGUUCACUACAUGAACACAUUGAAACUAUGACAGCUCAAAUGGUUGCACUUCAAAAGAGGGAGAGACAGGGGUCAUCAGAGACUGACUCUGCAACAAUAUCUGACGAAAUCAAUAAAACAUCGGAACAACUUUUAGAAGUGAUUAGAUUUUUGAGAAGAGAGAAAGAAAUUGCAAAUACCCGUUUUGAGGUGAGCCAGGCAGAGAGUAACAGGCUAAAGCAGAGAUGCGAUCAUUUGGAGAAACUGCUGGAGGAGACUAACAGAGGUCUGGCUGAAGAGAGGGCAAAUGCACAAGUUAAUGUUCAGACAGCGGCUCAGCAUAGUGAAUUGAUGCGUAAAGUGGAGAACCUCAACCUGCUCACUGACAGUAAUAAACUACUUCGAGAGGAGAAGGACAGACUUACUCAGAGCCUCAGGGAAUUGGAAACUAAAGUGAAAAAACUUGAGGAGAUCAUUGGUCCCCUGAAACAGGUCAAAUUUGACCUGAUGAAGGAGAGAGACUCCCUCCUGGCUGAGAAGACUGGCAUCCAGGCAGAGCUGGACAGAUGGAAGGCCAGGGUGAACAGCCUCAUAGAACAGGCCAAUAGGUCUGACCCAGAGGAACACAAGAGGGUGGUGAGAGAGCGAGAUGACUUGAAAAAGAACAUUACCAGUGUUAGUGAGGAAAUGAACAAAGUCAGACUAGAAAGAGAUGACCUAAAGAAACAUAAUGCAGCAUUAAAUGAAGAAACAUUUAAACAGAGGGCAGAGAUUUCUAGAAUUAAUGCACAAUUUCAGCAAAACCAGAAUGCAGUAAAAGCCAACACACAGCAGAUUGACAAGCUUACAAAAGACCUUAAAACAGAGAAAGAAGCUAGGGAAAAAGAUAUAGAGGAGAAAAACAAAACUAUCGUUCAAUUGAGGAAAGUUGGUAGAAAAUACAAGGACCAGUAUGCAGCUCUCAGUAAAGAGAUGGAAGAGCUCAAGGCCAAAGCCAGUGAACAGCAGCAACAGGCACAGCAAGCAGUACAGUUUAGUGUGACUGAAGAGCAGUUGAAGGCAGCAGAGGAGACUGCUCGUCAACAAGGUGCUAAGGUAGCCUCACUGGAGAAGGAGAAGGAGGAAUGGCACCAACUGAAACAGGAGCUAGAAAACAGUAUGAAGUCAGUGAAUGAACAGAUGCAAAAGCUUAAGGAAGACUUGAAAACUGUACAAGAAUCAGAAACCAAGCUAAAGAAGGAUUGGGAAGAAUCUGAAAAGAAGAACCUCAGAUUCCAGUCAGUUUUGCAAACUUCAAAAACAAAAUUACAACAGAACAAGACCGAAAUGGACAAGUUACAAUCAGAAAAUAAAGAAAUGAAAGAGCAACUAGAUUUACGAAACACAGAAGCUGAUGCUGGAGGUACAGCAGCCAAAGAACGUGUAGCAGCUCUAGAGCGCGAGCUGCAAGAAGCAAAAGAAAAGCUCCAAGAAGCUAGUGAAAAGCUGGCAGAAUCUCAGCAGAAUGUCAAGAAUAAGGAGAAGUUGGAAAAAGAAAAUGCAGAACUUGUAAUGAAGCUUCAACAGCAACAAAAGAUGCUAGAGUCUCAGCAGAAAGGAAUCAAACCAUCUACAGGAACAGCGGAAAGAAAUAACACAUCCAGUGUUGAGCCUCCCACAGCAAAUAUUCGUCCUAUGGCCAGCCCAGCUCCCACUACAAGACAGGUUGUCCAACCAGUGUCCACAGCUACCACAGUGGCUGCUGUCCAGCCAGUGUCCACUGCUGCUGCGGCUAAAGCCAUGGCCAGUAUUCGACCAAUGGCUAUCACCACACAGACCCCUACAGCAACUGUCAUGCCAGUGACUCAACCAGAAAUACAUGAAGAAGAACCAAGUGGCCCUGUGUCAGCAGCAAUUAGACCAACACAGCAAGUUCAGCCAGUGUCACCACAUAUGGAAGAAUCUGUUGAAGCAGCAGAAGCUCCUCCUGAAGUUGAAGAAGUGACUGAACAAGAAGUGAGUGCAGCAGAAGUUCCAUCAACAUCAACAGUGUCAUCAGGAAGUGCUGCCAUGCCAGCAGCAGCAGCAAAGAGAGGCAGAGAUCAGCUGGGAAGCCAAGAAGAAGAGGAGAGAUCUAUCUCACCUCAUGUCAAAAGGACGAGAACUUCUCCAGAAGCCGAGGAGGCUAGGGUAGAACCUCAGGCAGAGCAAGAAGUGUGGGGCGCGGCCUCAUCUGAAAGCAUUCAGGAACCUUUGCAGCAGGUGGAGACACAGGAAGAAGAACAACCUCAAGAUGAGGCAUCCAAGGAAACCCUUGAAUCUGCAGGUAGCAGCAAACAAGACACAACUGCCAGCUCCUCUCUCACUGAGAUGCUGGAAGAACCAACUCCACCAGCAGCCCAGGACAAGUCUGAUGACACCUUACAGAGACAACAGCUGAUACAGCAGCAGCAACUUAUGCAGCAACAAAGGCAGAAACAGCAACCAGCUCAGGUGGAAGAAGAUGAUGCUGACAUAAUAAUAAUUGUUGAGAGUGAGGAUGAAGAACAGGAGGAAUAUGAUGAAGAAGAGGAAGGUGAGGAGGAGGAGGAAGAGGAAGACUAUGAUGAGAUGGAGCAAAUUGAAGCAGAGGCUGGUAGUGAUUACGAUGAAGAGUUUCAAGAGAUGGAGGAAAAUGGUGAUGAAGAGAUGCAACAAGAAUCUGUUGCUGCUGGUGACGAUGAAGAUAUUGUUAUAGUUGAAGAAGAAGAACCUGAUGCUGAGAUGGUAGACCCUGGAUCCCAGGCUGGAGGACAACAACGAGCAGAGCAACAAGAGGCCCAGGUUGCUCCCAUGGGUUCAGGACUCCAACCUGCUCAAUCAUCUACUCUUCAAAGAAGUUCUGGCAGAGCAGAGAGACUGCCAUCACUUGGCAGGAACCAGCUGGCCCCGUUUGGUGCUGCCCCUGGUGGUGGUUUUGAGGAGGGGGAUGAUGGGAUAGUCCCCAGCACUCCCACACUGUUUGUACCAAGAAGAAAUGAUGGUUUUGCCGAAGCUGUCCACUCUCCCAUGGUACAACAAGGGCGGUCUUUUGUUUUUGGUGCUGAUAUGCAGCAGGCAGAAUUAGCCCAGCUUGCCACCCAAGGGGCCCUAGGGGUAGACGACACCAGGAUGGACCUGUCUGCCUUUGAUGAGGGGAGUGGCCGCAGUGUUCCCACAACCCCCUUGAAUCUUGUGCCUCCUGUCACCAUCGUUACCACCCCACCUGAUACUGAGCCCCAGGAGGUGGCAGCUGAAUCUUCUGCUGCUACAGCAACAACAUCAGCACCAGCAGUUACUUCUUCAACUUCAUCUACAACACAGUCAACGACCACUAGUGUUCUGACUGGAGAAGAGCAAGCAGAGACUGUACAGGGAGAAACUCUGGAGGAAGAGAAUUUUGAAGGAGAAGUUGGUGAAGAAGAAGUUGAUGCUGCAGAAGAAUUGUUGAUUGGUGAUCAGGGUGAAGAAGAUGAAGCAGAUACUGAAUUUGCUUCUGAAGAUAAAAGUGAUCAGCAGUCUGAAGCUAAGUCUGGUGAAGGUGGAGAAGAGAGCCAGGAAGGAGAUGCUGGUACUGGACUGAGUGAAGAGCAGAAGCAGCAAGGCAAGCCAAAAAUAAAAAGAAUAACAUGGGGAUCAACUGACAGUGCCCCAAAACCAAGCACUAGUGGUGCCCCCAUUCCAGCCCUUGGCCAAAGACCCCCUGUAGGGGAGAGCAGGCCUAUAAUGGGGGAUAACAGAGGAGGUAUUAGUCAGAGACGACUCAACAUUCCACGUGGUGGUGGUCAGUAUCAACAACAGCAGCAGCAGCCAUACCGUGGUGGACGUGGUGGACAUCCGCAGCAGUAUCAGCACAGAGGGAGGGGAGGGAUGGCACAGAGGUCAAGAGGAAUGCCUCCAAGGGGUGGAAGGGGAGGCUUGCUUAGAAGACCUCAGCAGUUUUAAGAUAAUUUGCCUAUUUAUACAUGUAUACAUUCAGAAUAUUUGGGUCUUGGGUGUUUUAGAAGUGAAAGGUUGGACAGUGAACCCAUUGAAUUUUAAAAGAUUAGUGGUUUACAAUAUCACUAACAAGAUUAAAAAAGAAAAACAUGAAAAUGCACUGAAAUUUAUGAUUUAGUGCUGAAAGAAUUAAUGGAUAAACAAAUUGCAUAUUGGUACAUAUUAAUAUUGAUAUCAAUCGAGUGACUGUAGGUUCAAAGGAAGGAUUUUGUGUACCCGUUUUACUGGAAAUCAAUAAAGUGAAGCUAAUGUAUAAUGUA